AUGUAUACUCAACCGUAUACCUUCACUCCCCAGCUCUUCUCAAAACCAGCUUAUAAAUACAACCUGUAAGCCAGAAGGGCUUUUUAGGGAGAGAAAAAACGAAAUAUCUCAAGCAAUGUCUCGUGUUGUUUCAGAGCACAAUUUCCCGGCGAGCCUUUCACAUCUGGACCGUAGAUCAGCAACGGAACUCGAAGAUAUGGCCAGGAGCAAUCUCACCCGUCGGAUCGAAGGCCCAUCGCCGACACUAGGCGAGCUACUGAAGCGAGUCGGCGACGCUCAGUCGGAAGAACCUCCGGCCGAUCAAGUAGUCGACAUUAAUUGCAAUGGCAUGAACCAGAGAUCCCUACCGUUCAUCCUCUCCUUCUCCAAUCUCACCUACAGCGUCAAAAAUCGCCGGAAAAUGACGCUAUUCGGACCUAAGAAGCGGCUGGAUUCAGCCACAUCGGAUCCCCUGGAGACCGCCAGCAAGUUCACAAAAACAAAAACGUUGCUGGAUGAUAUAUCCGGCGAGGCGAGGGACGGUGAAAUCAUGGCCGUUCUCGGAGCAAGUGGGUCAGGGAAAUCGACGCUGAUCGAUGCUUUAGCCGAUCGGAUCUCGAGGGCGAGCCUGAAAGGGACAAUUACGCUGAACGGCGAGCCGCUCGGGAGCCGGCUUUUGCGGGUAAUCUCGGCGUAUGUAAUGCAAGAUGACCUUCUCUUUCCGAUGCUGACCGUCGAAGAGACGCUGAUGUUCUCGGCCGAGUUCCGGCUCCCGCGGACGCUAUCCAAAACCAAGAAGCGAGCCCGCGUUCAGGCCUUGAUCGAUCAGCUCGGUCUGCGAUCCGCCGCCAAAACCAUAAUCGGCGAUGAAGGCCAUCGGGGAGUAUCCGGCGGGGAGCGGAGGCGGGUCUCGAUAGGCAAUGACAUAAUUCACGACCCGAUUAUACUUUUCCUCGACGAGCCAACGUCCGGUCUGGAUUCAACGAGCGCUUUCAUGGUCGUGAAGGUCCUGCAGCGAAUCGCGCAGAGCGGGAGCAUUGUAAUCAUGUCCGUCCAUCAGCCUAGUUACCGGAUAUUAGGACUUCUAGACCGUCUGAUCUUCUUAUCACGUGGACAGACAGUCUACGGCGGAUCGCCGGCCCGUCUGCCGCUUUUCUUCUCGGAAUUCGGACAUCCGAUUCCGGAAAACGAGAAUCGGACGGAAUUUGCAUUAGAUCUCAUCAGGGAACUCGAAGGAUCUCCCGGCGGAACUAAAGGCCUCGUCGAAUUCAACAAAUCAUGGCAGAGUAUGAAGUUGCGACGGAAUUCAGACUCAGAUGCGCUCGGUCUCUCACUGAAAGACGCGAUCAGCACGAGUAUUUCGAGAGGAAAGCUAGUCUCCGGCGCCACCAGUGAUUCCAGCUCAGCCUCCGACAUGCCGAGAUUCGCCAAUCCGUUCUGGAUCGAGAUGGUGGUGCUGACCAAACGCUCCGCCAUGAAUGCAAAACGGAUGCCGGAGCUAUUCGGCAUCCGCCUCGGCGCCGUUCUCGUCACUGGCUUCAUCCUCGCUACCAUGUUCUGGCAUCUGGACGAUUCUCCAAAAGGAGUACAAGAACGGCUAGGAUUCUUCGCCUUUGCGAUGUCCACCAUCUUCUACACCUGCGCUGAGGCGCUUCCCGUCUUCCUCCAAGAACGGUAUAUCUUCAUGCGGGAGACAGCCUACAACGCCUACCGUCGAUCGUCCUACGUCCUCUCUAACGCGAUCGUGUCCAUUCCAGGGCUGGUCUUCCUAUCUGUAGCUUUCGCCGCCACUACCUUCUGGGCGGUGGGACUCGCAGGUGGGUUAUCGGGAUUUUUCUUCUUCUUCAUAACUAUCCUAGCAUCGUUCUGGGCUGGGAGCUCAUUCGUGACAUUCCUCUCCGGCGUGGUGACGCACGUGAUGUUGGGUUAUACUGUCGUUGUUGCCGUCCUCGCUUACUUCCUUCUAUUUAGUGGAUUUUUCAUAACCAGAGACCGGAUUCCGCCGUAUUGGCUUUGGUUUCAUUACAUAUCGCUGGUGAAGUAUCCUUUUGAGGGCAUUCUGCAGCAUGAAUUUGAGGAUACGUCGAAGUGCUUUGUGACGGGAGCGCAGAUCUUUGAUAGUACGCCGCUUGGGACCUUGUCGCCGAUGAUGAAGGCAGCAUUGCUGAAGUCGAUGAGUGGAGUGCUGGGCGUGAAUAUAACUAGCACGACGUGUGUGACGACAGGGAGCGAUAUAUUGAAGCAGCAAGGGGUGACUGAUUUGAGUAAAUGGGACUGUGUUUGGACGACCUUGGCGUGGGGCUUCUUUUUUCGGAUCUUGUUUUAUUUCUGUUUGCUGCUGGGAAGUAAGAAUAAGAGGAGAUAGAUAGUAAGGAUGGAAGAGCAACAAGAUAGAAGACAAAAUGUUUUUUUUUUUUUUUCGAAUUUGUAAUUUGUAAUGUUGGAUUGGUGGGGUAUGUGGGGAUGAGAUCGAUGGAUGUUGGA